CCUCAUCGUAGCAGAAUCGGAGCUACUGCAGCCACCAGCGCUGAUCCUUGUCUGAAGAAUGGCAAAACUUGCUUGCAAGACACUACCUGGUUGCUCUCCGGCUCUCUCGCUUAAUGCCGCUGGUCAUAAUGGACCACCUAAACACUCAAGACGCACGGAGAAUAAGCAGUACCUUGGACUCUUGGUCAUCGGAUUCUGUUCGCACGACUGCAGUCGAGCUUUCUGCUCUUUAUCUGAAAUCGCUCAUCCCCUUGAUGUACCAUUGAAUUGAAGCGUCUGAGAUGGAUUGCAUAGCUACCCCAGAACUCGUCGAUCCAGAAUCCAGCAGCUACGGCGCCAUCAGGGGUCUCUCCAGUAACCAUGCAGAAGUCAAUGGCUUCGAGCCCUUUCAGAUCGAUGGCCUCGCAUCAGACCAAGGCAGUUCAGAUACCGGCCUCCGGGAUGAUAUUAUCCUCCUAUCCUGGCUCAUAGUCCUGCUGCGUAGGCAAGACGGCGGUUCAGCAGAUUUUGAUUGGGCAUACCAUCAACAAUCUAAUGAUUUCGUGCAUGAACCGGAUCAAAGACGCCUGGUUGUGGAUGAAGUAGUUCCGAGUUUACAGCAGACGGUGCGACAGUCUGCAGACGCAAUAAGUCGGCAUCUUUCCACGCUUCGAACGAGCCGUGAUAGAUUGCGUGAGCAGCCUUCAAAACUGGUCCUGAGUACCAGUUAUUUAGAGCAACGGUGCAUUGAAGUCCAAGAUGAGCCUACUCUCCACGUCCAAGCUUCCCUUGAGGAUGGCAAAUUGGGAAUUCAUCCUGUAUGGUUUACUAAAAACAUGCUACCAUACACUAUCAGGCACUAUGUUCAGUCACUUGCUGAGACGGUAACGUUCUGUCUCAAAAAUCAGGAUCUUGCAAUUCAAGACUGUCUGGGUCCUACAGAAUGUGACCUAAGUGACAUAUGGCAUUGGAAUCAUGAGAUUCCCCCCACAUAUGACUUUUGUAUGCACGAAAUGGUGGCGGAUAGAGCUCGGGAACAUCCAGACAAGAUUGGCGUUUCCUCGUGGGAUGGUGAUCUGACAUACGCACAAAUUGACCACUUCUCAUCUUUUGUCGCAGGUUCACUUCAAAAUGUCGGUGUUAAGCUCCACGAAUUUGUGCCCAUCUGCUUCGAGAAAUCGAGGUGGACCAUAGUCGCAGUGCUUGCCGCAAUGAAAGCCGGUGCGACUUUCGUGCUUAUGGACCCUUCGUUACCUGUUGCUCGACUGCAAAACAUUGCGACACAGGUCCAUGCAAAAACAAUCAUCACGUCUCGGCGCCAGCGAGAACUAUCGGCGACUAUCAUAAGAGAUGGGAACAUCGUCACUGUCGAACCAGAAACUUUCAAGGACCUCGCAAAUAAACCAAUUCAACCUAACCUGCCAACUGUUCCGGCAACGGCACUCAUGUACCUGAUUUUCACGUCUGGAAGCACAGGAGUACCAAAAGGUGUCCAAAUUUCGCACCGAACGUACACAAGCAGUGCGAUUCCACGAGCACGUGCUGUGGGGUACAAUGCAAACUCCAGAGUGCUGGACUUUGCAUCUUACGCCUUUGACGUAAGCAUCGAUAGCAUGUUGCUCACACUAGGAAACGGUGGUUGUCUGUGCAUCCCGUCUGACGAGGAUCGGAUGAACGAUAUUAAUUCCGUUAUUCGACGAAUGCGCAUCAAUUACGCAGGUAUCACUCCUUCGGUGGCUCGCAUCUUAGACCCGGAUGUGAUCUCCUCACUGGAGAUUCUUGGACUUGGUGGUGAGGCCGCAUCGGCCAGAGACGUCAACCACUGGGGCAAAGAUACCAGGAUCGUUAUCGGUUAUGGGCCAUGUGAAUGUACGAUUGGAUGCACUAUCAACAGCGACACUGCCACAGGAAGGGACUACAUCUCAAUUGGACAUGGAAACGGGGCCAACAUCUGGAUUGUCGAUCCGAAUGACCACGAAAAGCUCGUGCCUGUAGGUGCCGUGGGAGAGUUGCUCAUUGAAGGGCCAAUUGUGGGCCAAGGAUAUCUGAACGACCCCGAAAAGACAGCCGCUGCCUUCAUCAACGACCCUUCCUGGCUUUUAUCAGGUUAUGGUAGCUACAAGGGCCGACAGGGUCGCUUGUACAAAUCUGGCGACCUAGGCAAAUAUGAUCCAGACGGCUCGGGAGGCAUCGUCUUUGUAGGCAGAAAGGACACUCAAGUCAAGCUUCGAGGACAGCGAGUUGAGCUUGGAGAAAUUGAAAGCCAGCUUAAGGAACGAUUACCCCCGGAAACACAUGUGGUUGCUGAAGUGAUUGUUCCUCGAGGUCUUAGGACACAGCCAUCACUUGUCGCUUUUGUUGCGGCGAAGAUGACACGAAACCAUGUCACGAUUGAACUAGUACCUUCUGAGCUCCCGGAAGAUCUACAAACUGUUCUUGCUUCUAUGAAUACGGAGCUUGGUAAGGUUUUACCGCGAUAUAUGGUACCUUCUGCGUAUAUUCCCGUAAAUCACAUCCCACUGUUGAUAUCUGGAAAAGUAGACCGUAAGCGGCUGAAGGCUUAUGGUACUUCUGUUGAUCUGCGGGACUUGGACACUGGAGCAAGGAAAGCUGAAAGUCGAAUUCUAACUGAACGCGAAAAAAAGCUUAGUCAAGCUUGGAGCCAGAUCUUGAAGCUCGAUGCGAGCGUGAUAGGCCCGGAGGACAAUUUUUUCGCUCUCGGCGGCGACUCUUUGGCCGCAAUGAAACUGGUCACAGCCUGCAGGUCUUAUGAUCUUGAGUUGUCCGUUUCAAUAAUGUUCAAUAAUCCAACGUUGUCAGCCAUGGCAAAUUCCCUACAUGUUGCUCACGACCAGGUCCAAGAAGAAGUGCCACCAUUCUCAUUGAUAUCUCAGGCUGUUGAAGAUGUGCGCAUUGAAGCAGCCAAUGUGUGUCAAACAAGCGCGGAAUACGUGGAAGAUGUAUACCCAUGCAAUCCGGAGCAGGAGUCGCUGUUUACCUUAUCCCUGAGAUCAUCAGAAGCAUACAUCGCCCAAAGAAUCUCAUGUAUUCCGUCUGAAAUUUCUCUUGAUGCAUGGAAAUCUGCAUGGGAGAAAGUUGUGUCGACUUUGCCAAUUCUACGGACACGUGUGGCUCAACUACAGGAGACGCAGUUACAACAAGUCAUUCUCAAGGAAACGAUAAACUGGAGAUAUGAGACCGAUCUUACAAGAUACCUAGAGGCCGACCGUGAAGAAAAAGUUGAGCUUGGAAAAGAACUGGCACGCUACGCUAUCGUCGACAACGCUAGCGACGGUAAGCGCUAUAUGGUGUGGACCAUUCAUCACGUACUAUACGAUGGCUGGUCGGAGCCUCUGGUCCUCCAGGCUGUCAAGGAUGCCUUACAGGGGCGAGAUGUUUCAUUCCAAGCUCAAAUGAAAGAUUAUAUAAAGCAUAUGCUUACUAUUGAUGCUACUGAGAUUGCAGAGUACUGGAGAAAAGAGCUGGACGGAGCUGUGGGGCCCCAAUUCCCAAGAACGCCCUCAAGAGAUUUCCUGCCCAACCCAGACACAAUUGUCGAAAGAAAGGUCGAAGUACCUCGACUAGCGGGAUACGAAAUCACGCUCGCCACUUUGAUCCGUGGUGCUUGGGCUCUUGUUGCCUCACAAUUCACGCAGAGCGAUGACAUUGUCUUCGGCGAAACGCUGACUGGUCGUGAUAUUUCACUUUCAGGCGUUGAGAGCAUCGUGGGCCCGCUCCUGUCAACAGUACCUGUGCGUAUAAAGAUCGACAGAAAUUUAACCGUAAAAUCGUACCUACAGGCGAUACAACAGGGCAUGGUUUCGCGAACGCCAUAUCAGCACAUGGGCUGGCAGAACAUCCGUAAAGUCAGCGCCGAUGCGCAGCGCGCAAGUGAGACUGGGACAGGUCUGGUCGUACAGCCGGACCCAGAGCAUGUCGGAAGCGAGCUUGGCUUCGAACGGGUUGAUGUUGUUCGCGAGGCUUUACAUUUCAACCCUUACCCACUUAUGGUUGCCUUUGGGAUCACGGAGUAUGGUCUAAGAGCUUGUGCCAGCUUCGAUGGUAGCGUGAUCGAGGCAUCCCAGAUGGAGCGCAUGCUUGCUCAGUUGGAAGAAACCGGUACGCAGAUGAUGGAAGACUUGUCACGGAAGAUCAAGGACGUGCCGUGCAUAUCCAAAGCCGAGUUGGACCAGAUAUGGCAGUGGAAUCGAAUCCCACCGCUAUCUUUUGACGGCUCGUCCAACACCUUCUGUGCCGAUGCUGGGAUCCAACCAGGCUCGACAUAUCCACCGGCCGCUGUACCUUGGGUAUGUAACGUGCAAAAUCCAAGUCUGCUGGCGCCAAUUGGAGUUACUGGUGAGCUCUGGUUAGAAGGAAAUUGCCUUGCUGGAGACGUCGUCGCGACCUUUCCGUGGCUGGCGGCCGGAAGCACCAGUCACCGUGGUCGAACAGGCAGGCUACAGGCUACAGGCGAUCUUGUGCAAUGGAAGGCUAAUGGCGACAUUGUCUUUGUCGGUCGCAAAAACAAAUCAUCUCGAGUCAAUGACUACGAGGCCAGAAGAAUGGAGCUUGAGCGUCACGCUGUCGCACAGCUGCCAUCCGAUAUUUGUGUUUCGGUAACAUCGGUCAAUGGCACGGAUAAUCAUGAGUCCAAGUUUGUCAUAGUUGUUGAAGAAACUAUGUCAAAAAGCAGGAAUGUUCGUGUUUCACCAGAGGAACAUUCAAUAAGCAUGGAACAGCCCGAUGAGAAGAACACGAGUGUGACGGUUUGCGCUACAAUAUCGAGCGAUUUGGCGAUAUCUUUGAAGAGACUGGACAAAUCUAUUCAAGAAUCUUUACCUGCCUCUGCUUUUCCAUCAGCAUACCUAAUACUUGACCAUAUACCAACAGAACUUGGUCGGGUGGAUCAUGAUAUGCUUACCCAACUGGUCUCAAAGGUUCCAUUACACGUUCUCGAUCAGCUUCAAAAUGGCCUAAGAGAAGCGUGGUCAAAAUCCAUUCAAACGGAUUUAAGUGCUUCGGAGAACAUACUCAGAGCCGUGUGGUCAAAGGUUCUGAGAAUUCCUGAGAAUGAAAUUGGUGGCGAUGACAACUUUUUCCGCCUUGGUGGCGAUUCGGUGCUCGCGAUGAAGUUGGCGGCAAGUCUUCGAGCGCAGGGCUACAGUCUUACCGUUGCUGACAUCUUCAAACACAUGCGGCUACGAGAUGCUGCUAAGGCAAUGAAAAUCAGGCAGGCAGUUCAGGGUGCCAAUGGUACAUACGAACCAUUUUCCACAAUCCCACAGAGGAACAAAAGCAUUUUGUUGUCUGAGAUUGUCCGGCCUCGUCUUGCAGACAAAGAAUGGACGGUACAAGAUUUGUGUCCGAUUACAGAUUCACAAGCUUUGGACAUACGAGCAACUAUCAAUAUCCCAAGAACGUCAAUACAGUACACCAUGCUGUAUAUGGAUGAGUCCAUCGAUGAAGAAAGGUUGAUCCGCGCCUGUAAGAACCUCGUGAAGACACACGACAUAUUGCGGACCAUCUUCAUCGAGCACGAAUCCUCCUUCUUACAGGUUAUCGUGGAGAACUUGGCUGUUCCAAUGCAGAAAGUGCAGUCGGGGAGAGACAUGGAGACUUUCGUGAAGGAGCUGUGUCAGAAAGACGCCGAGUCCGGAUUUGACUUAGGGUCCCCCUUCUUGAGACUUUUCCACGUUAUCGGCCUUGACGGAAGACACUGCCUCGUCGUUGGUCUGUCACACGCUCAGUACGAUGGCAUAUCCCUUCCUGCGCUACUGCGCGACCUUGAUACUUUGUACUCUGGUGGCCGGGUCACGGAUUUCGAACCAUUCCCGCACUACAUAUCUCGAAUUUUUGAAUCCAACAACGAGGACAAGGCAGUUCGGUAUUGGACCGAUCUUCUCAAGGGUGCUUCGCUGUCAAUGCUGGUAGGAAACUCAAUCCAGGAAACAGACAAGGCAGUAUUUCAACAUGUAUCUGUCGAUAUUUCCGCUCGCCCUGACGGGAUAACGGCUGCGAAUCUACUGACUGCAGCAUGGGCACUGGUUCUGGCUCGACAUCUUCAGAAACGCGAUGUUACAUUUGGUAGCAUAACGUCUGGGAGGAAUAUUGGCUCGACAUUCCUUGAAAACGUUCAAGGACCAUGCUAUCAGUUUACCCCCGUUCGUGUCGUUUUGCAAUCUGACUGGACAGCGCUCGAUCUUCUGCAGCAUGUGCAGCGGCAAGCAACGGAAUCGGCGCCGUAUGACUUCCUAGGGUUCGAAAGAAUAGCAAAGAGGUGUACCAAUUGGUCAUCGGACGCGCGAUUCUUCGACUCCGUUGUGCACUAUCAGGACUGGGAGGACUUUGACGAGAUGGCCUUCGCCGGAAGCUCGUGCAAAGUUGACAUUUUGAACCCUCACGGCGACGCGCCGUGUCCAAUGAAGGUCACCUCAUUCGUUCAAGGUGGACAGACUCAUGUCGGAAUCGUCGGCAGCGAGCGAGAUCCUGUUUUUAUUGACGCGAUUCUGAGUGAGCUUGUGGCUUGUGUGCAGGAGUUGGCUUUGGGGCGACCUGAGGUUCUGGUAGUUUAAAGCAGUGUACGCGCGCGCGCGAGAGAGAGAGAGAGAGAGAGAGAAAGCCGGAGGAGUUUUUUUGGUGUGAUUUCGUCUUGAGCUGGGGGGCAUACUCACUUGUCCUGCGUCCGCAUCUCCUCUCACCACAAACACGUUCGAACCCGUGAGACUCUGCUCAGAUCAGGAGGCCAAGGUCAUCAUUGUUCAAUCGAUGAUGCACUUUUUGGACAGGUUAGGCCAUCGUUCCGUGUAAUACAUUUCAGCGGCCUUUCUCCUAUUGGAACAGGGUUUCAAGUUUCGUAUACUAGAUGGGAAAUUUGAAAUUGGCCCCACUCAGCCGUCCAUGCUCUUUCUGAAUUGAUGUUCAUUUAUUGCUUUGAACUUUCUAACCGUGUAGGCUGGAGAGGGUGGCGAGUGAACUGCGAGAAAACAUGGCGCUGAUCCGGUGUGUGCUUCAGGCACUUAUCAGACAGAUCUUUUGAGCGCUUAAUUCAGGAGCAGCGGCAUCGUUUCAAGCCUUCAC